UGCGGCGGUGUACAUGCUGUGUACGCGCGGGCAGAGCCUGAGCACUCACACCAGCAUCCAGAGGCUUAACCUUCCCCCAAGCGCCAGCUCGCAGAUCGGGGACAUCAAGCAGGGCAGUGGUGUCUCCGCCCGACCGUCUGUGAACGCCGCUCCCCACUUUGCCCCCGAGGGGUCCUGGCAGCCCCGGCACACACGAACCCCGCCGGCGCUCGGGACCGGGUCCGAGCCCAGCCGCGCUCUGACGGAGCACCGUCCCCGCGGGCUGCCCGCACCGCUCUCGCUCCCCGACAGGCUCCGGCUGCGCCGGGCAGGGCCAGAAACUCGGGGAAAGGGCUCUCCCCGCCUUGAGAAGCGCCUGGCACGCCCCGCGGGCUCGCUGACAGCGCUCACCUGCAGGCUGCACGGAGCCGCUCGCGGGCUCGGAGCGGAGCGGGAAACUCAGCUGGGAGCGCAGCCCAGCCAGCACAGAUCGACUUUCUGGUCAAGCUCCAGAUGCUUUUGUUUGAGUAGCUUGAACCUCCCUAUGGACUCAACAGAUGUACCACGAAAUGGCAUUGCUCACUGGGAAUGCAGAUCCUGACUUCAACUCCCGCUCCUUCAACAACUUGGAAAACCUGUGUGAAGUGCAAACCAAGAAAGGAUUCUUCUACAAAAAGGCCAAACUUCUGCAUCCUGGAGAAGACCUGUGCUGCUUAGCCCGCUUGGAUGACCGGUCCAGGUUUGUGAUCAUCAAUGUGGGUGGUAUUAAGUACAAAAUUCCCUGGACCACGUUGGAGAACUGCCCCUUGACCAGGCUUGGGAAGCUAAAAUCUUGCAACAAUUACGAUGAGAUCAUGGACAUAUGCGAUGAUUAUGAUGUUAGCUGCAAUGAAUUUUUUUUUGACCGUAAUCCUAGUGCCUUCAGAACGAUCAUGACAUUCCUGACAGCUGGGAAGCUGAGGCUUCUCAGGGAGAUGUGUGCUCUUUCGUUCCAGGAGGAGCUUGUGUACUGGGGGAUAGAAGAGGACCACCUGGAGUGGUGCUGUAAAAAGAGAUUGCGACAGAAAGAGGAAGAGGCAGCUGAGGCCAGGCUGUUUGAGAGGGAGAUGGUAUUUAAUGAAGCUACGCAAAGUGCCUUCCAGGACAGCAGCCGACUGAGUCUGUGCAUGAGAAAGCUCAGGGAUAUGGUGGAGAACCCCCACUCAGGGAUCCCAGGAAAGAUCUUUGCUUGUAUUUCAAUCUCUUUUGUUGCCAUCACUGCUGUCAGCCUCUGCAUCAGCACCAUGCCAGAUGUCAGAGAAGAGGAGGAUCGGGGUGAAUGCUCACGAAAGUGCUAUGACAUCUUUGUGCUGGAGACAGUGUGUGUGGCGUGGUUUUCCUUUGAGUUCCUGCUGCGAUCCAUCCAGGCAGAAAACAAGUGUGCUUUCCUGAAAACCCCACUCAACAUCAUCGACAUCCUGGCCAUUCUGCCUUUCUACAUCUCUCUCAUCGUGGAUGUGGUUUCCACAAAGAACAGCAGCAAGCCCGGCGGGGGAGCCGGGAACAAGUACCUGGAGCGCGUGGGGCUGGUGCUGCGCUUCCUGCGGGCGCUGCGCAUCCUGUACGUGAUGCGGCUGGCGCGGCACUCGCUGGGGCUGCAGACGCUGGGGCUCACCGUGCGCCGCUGCACCCGCGAGUUCGGGCUGCUCCUGCUCUUCCUCUGCGUCGCCAUGGCCCUCUUCUCGCCGCUGGUGUACUUGGCUGAGAGCGAACUGGGAGCCAAACAAGAGUUCACCAGUGUCCCCACCAGCUACUGGUGGGCUGUGAUCUCCAUGACAACGGUUGGCUACGGGGACAUGGUGCCUCGUAGCAUCCCCGGACAGGUGGUAGCCCUGAGCAGCAUCUUGAGUGGGAUUUUGCUGAUGGCUUUCCCAGUCACAUCCAUCUUUCAUACCUUUUCCCGUUCCUACAGUGAGCUGAAGGAGCAGCAGCAGCGAGUAGCCAGCAGGCAGGUGCGCCAGCGGCCAGAGAACACCGAGCUCCUGGGUGGUGACAGUACAGGGGGGCUCAGCGCCACAUUCCCGCCAAAUGCUGGUGAGCAGGAGGGUCUGACCUUGGUGGACCAGUAAGCCAAGAGAAGUUCUUGACCCUGAACAGCUGAGGACAUACAUUGGCAGCCCAAGAAGCAGUGGACAAGAGAGGUCAGUUCUGCAAGAAGAAUGCCAUGAAUGGCAUAAAUGAGGGGCAGACAAACACAAGGUUUCUCUAAAGACCAACUUCUGAUCUUAAGGGACCUGUGGAAAGUACCCCUACAAAUUCUACCAAGUACAGCUCUGCUCCAUUGCUUUUCUUAGGGCUUUUCUAUUGAGCAAGUAUUUUUGGGUAUGCCCAAGGAGCAGCCAUUGAACAUAGCCAGCCAGCAGAAUGUAAUGUGAAGCACAGCCCGUGCCAGGUGCCAUGUGGCACAGCAACCAGCGUGCCACCUCCUCUGUGCCCUGCUCAGUGGCAGGGCUGAGCAAGGGGCUCCCCGUGCUGUGACACCCCACAGCACGUUUGUUUUGGCAGCACCACCAAGGAACUCAAACCUCAGACAAGCCAAGGGGCAAGGGUGAGAGAAGGGCAGAAGCAUUCCUUCAGCUUUACCAGGGGCUUGCUUUUGUCUUCUACAGAUGAAGCAGCACAGCCGGAGCACUGGCAGCGCUGCCAGCUCUCAAUUGUGUGUGAGCACAGUUUGCAUUAUUUAGUAGAGUUGCAUA